AUGCCGAAACCAAAGGCAAUCGACCGCAUCCGUGGCAUCAAGCGAGGACGCGACAGAGAACUACCGGUAAACAAGAAACAAGACGAAAUCGACUGUGAUGACGCUCCGUUUGAGGUGCCCUUCUUGGAGGUCGAAGGUGUCAAAUACUACAGUGAUCGCUUCUACUUGAACCGCACGCUUCUUGACCCUCCACAAUCCUCUCCACCCAGCAACCAGAGCGCUGUUUAUUCGCACUACAACAAAGAUUGCUCCUGUGGGGCUCGCCAAGCACCUCCGCUUUUGGAUCUUUCAAAGCUCAUUGCAUCAUUAGACGUUAAAGCCGCCAUCUUGGCUACCUAUACACUCAGUCCCCGCUGGAUAGCCAAAGCCUACCCGAAGUUGUGUGGACCUGAGGGUACCGUACCAACACUUAUCUUACAUGGACAGAAGGGUUUGUCCAAACGGUUGGAGAAGAAACAAAAGGAUACUGCAAAUGACAGUGAAGAUUCGGACUCUGAUGACGAUGCAGACAUGGACUAUGACCAAGUGCCAGAAGAGUCUUGGCGGAAAGAAGGGAAGGCCAGAUUUUCUGAGAAGAAGCAAGAGGAACCAAUUAUCGGUCCGUCUGUUCAUUUCACUGAAGUUUUCCCUCGAUGGUUGCCGCAAAAGGAUCGACCAACAAGUCCAUUGACUAGUGACAACUCAUGGCGGAAGAAAGUCCAGAAAAAAAUUGGCGUGCAUCAUCCUAAAUACACGAUUCUCUUCCUUCACGAUGGGUCCACUGUCGUGUGUGUGUCAACAAGCAACCAUACGCACCCCUAUGCAGUGGAUGCUUCAUGGGUCCAGCGGUUUGAAGCGACAAAGACACCACCAGCCAGUGACCUGCCGGAACGUAUGAGCAAACAAAAACUGAGCUCUGCGAGAAGAAACGGAUCAGAUUUUGGAUCGGUGCUUGCCAAUUUUCUUGAGUGCCAGUCCUACGCUUCUCGGGAGGGAGACAUGCUGCCUCAGGAGUUCCUCCAGAAGCAUGUGGGUUUAUCAUUAUCGGACUUUUCUCGCGCGUAUCGAUGGGACAAGGCCCAAGUCCACUUGAUAGCCACCGUCCCAGGCGACUACGAGAGCCGCUUCACAAUCAAGCACCUUAGACAUGACGGCGACGCUACGGAGUUCUUGUAUGGGCGCCAACGGGUUGCUGAUAUCAUCUCGAGACUGUCAAUGGCCUCUGCUGAAUCUUGUGCAAAGUUUCAAACGACAAAGAGUUGGUUUCCUCAGAUACUCAUGGGGGACGAUAGGUUGAUCGUUCAACCAACCAGCAUCGGGACCAACUUUAAGAGACGUGACAUUGCGGACAUUGUACGAUCCUACCUGGGACAAGAUGAUGAAUCUAAACGAGACAUAUCAAGCAGCAAGCGCCAAAAGCCACAAAGGAACCGGGUGGAUGAGUACGUUUGUGAUCAGGACGCGCUGGAGAGACUGGACAUCGUUUGGCCAACUAGAAAGUACAUUGACACCAAUGUCGAUCAUUACUUGAAAAGCCAAAAGAAAUCCUCCAUUUCCCCACGAUCUGUCGCAGGUCUAAACGACACAGCGUUUCAGCUGAAACAAGAAGAGGACCCUGAAAAGGGACUGAUUUCGGCCUCGCCCUAUCUGUUUAUGUCAUGCAAGGUGUUCAAUUCCUGGGACUUGGAUUGCUUAUCUCAAAUGGUGAUGUUUGAGCCUAGCAUUCCCGAACAGCGCGACCCUCAGACACCACACAUCAAAAGUGUCUGUCGCCUAUUUGGGGGCCAUGAAGGCGAGCUGCGCAAGGAAUUCGGUGUUGGGAAGGCCGAGUCCUACUUCUCUUACUUCCUCCUGACAAGUGCAAGCCUCUCUCACGGAGCACAAGGGAAAAUAACGGAUAGCUCGGACCAGCAACGCAUUCGGAGCUAUGCAAACUUUGAACUUGGAGUAAUGUUCUGUAGCAGGCUACAAGGAAGGAACGAGUCAGACCGUCUGUACUGUUGGAAGCCCGCCCAAUGCUGUUGCAAGUAUCGCGAUCCCGAAAGGAACAAUGCUCUGAUUCACCUGCCCAUUCCUUUCUGUUGCCAUCCAAGCCGCUACCAGGCAAACAGUGACAGCCCUGAUUUUGUCGAAGAUCCCUUCUUCCAUGAAACGGGUGAUUUUGGACGGCGGCAAGGGUAUUCCAGCACAGGCAACAUGCGGCUUACGCCAACGGGAGCAGCUAUCGCUGCUCACAAGAACAAGCCAUGCCCCUCUAGCUAG